AUGUUUGGAAUCUUAGCAAGUACUGUAUCUCUUCCAGUCAUAAAAGGUAUUGAAUUCCGUGUUUUAGAAUACGAUCCACCUAAAAAGAAUAAGUCAAACAGAAAAAGUGCAGGUGGGAACAGUCCGCGAAAAUCCACUGGUAGACGGUCCAACAAUCAGUUAGACUUAAGCAACAACAGGGAUGAACUUUUACAGCACAUUGAUGAAUUGGACGAUGCAGCCAUUGAAUCACUUGGUCGAGACUAUUAUCUUUUUAUAAUUAGACAAUUAGAAACACAAGUAACUGCAUAUGAAAAUUAUAUCAGUGAGUUGUACACACAAAAUGAAGAAAUAAUGGCAAAGCUACAGUUAACUGAUGCAGAAUGUCGUGAUAAUUUUAAGACACUCAAUAAAGUAUUUCAACAAAGAAUCAAUGAAGCAGCUGAUUUAAUUGAGCGCAUACAAGGUGUAAAAUGUGUCUUUAGAAAAAAUGUUGAAAAAUGGAAGUCUAGAGAAAAUGAAUUACAACUUUUAAAACAGUGCACUGAAGAAAGAAUGACUGCAGAAAAUAUAGCAUUAGCCAGUGAAUUAACAUCACUUGAAGAAUUUCGAGCUAAUCGUGAAGCACUCUGGGCAUACUAUCACAGUUUAGAAUCUACUCUAGAAGAAUUAAGAAAUGAUCAUAAGAUGGCUAUGGAAAAUCUGCUAGAAAGAGAUAUGGCAUACAGAGGACGGUUAAAAAAGGUUACAAAAUUAAAAAUUAACGAAGUUGCAUCUGAAUUUCGUUCUGUUUCAUUUCAACGUACUGAACCAACUGUGAAGCGAAUGCUUGCAGAAAAUGUUUCUAUUGAAGGUCAGUUAGUGAAACUUUCUGUCGCCAUAGCUGAAAUGAGUAAAGAAAAUGUCAGUCUGCUCACAGAGUUUCACAACCUAGUUGAAGAACAGUCAAAUUUAGAGAAAGAACAAAUUCUACUAGGCACUCGUAAUUCUGCUAUAACAAAGAUAUCUCAUUUACUUUCAAUUCAUCAUGAAAAGCUUAAUCAAAUGACAAAGGAGGCUAAUGAAAAGAAGGAAAUCUAUUCUAGUUUAAACAGUAAAUGUAAUUAUUUAGAACAAGAGAAACAAUCUCUGGUUGUGAAAGUUGAGGGGAAUCUAAUGAAUGAUUUGGACGAUAUCGAUAAGAUUGCAAAGGAUUGUACUGAUUCAAUUCAUCACUUAACCAACUGUAUCGGCUACUCAGCCAAUUGUAUCCUAAGAAUUCUGUCUACUGAUUCCAAACAGUAUUUGAACGAAAGCUGUAAAACUGGUGAAGAAGCCUAUGCUGAUGAUGUAAACAUUGAAGAAACAAAACAGGUUUUAUCCAACUUGUACAAUACAUUAAAUUCAGCUAAUUGUACAAUGAAUCAGUUCGACACUACUCAUCUUGAUCAAGCUGAGAGUGAAGAGCAAAAGAAUAAUUUGAAUAAUGAGCAGAAUGAUUUAGCAAAUUGGGAUAAUUUAUCAGAGAUCAGUGAACCCAACUAUGGGGUUGAUAUUGAUGAAACAAUUCUGAUAUCAGAGCCUGAAGAUGAUGAUAUGAAAUCGACUGAUGAUCAGUCUACUGGUAUUUCACAAAGCAAAUUAGAAAGUCGAAAACUCGUUGACGGGAAUAAUUUAGACGAUAUGGAAAGACUGGAUAAAAUAUGGUCUCUAAUCAACACUUCAUAUUUGCAACCAUAUAAUCCACGUUCAAAUGAAUGGAGAGAAAUUUUAAAUGUUUUAGCAAAGAAUCAAGUAAAUUGGAGCAAAAGCUUGCGCAGUCGAUCAGCGACAUUAUCCGGGGGUUAUUUAAAGCCGGGAGAUCUGAAGUUUAUUCCUCCACCCUCUGCAAAGAUUCUGACAAAGAAGGAAUAUAUGAAUUUAUUAAGAAGAAGGUUUGGUAAAAGUGGGACACGAAGUUGUAAACUGACCGACUGUGAAUCAAAUGAUAUACAUGAAAGGUACAGGGAUUUUAUAUAA